AUGUCAGAAAUAAGAAAAAGAAAUAAGGAAGUUGCUAUUGAAAAACCAUCCGUAAUAGAUAAUAAAAUUGAAAAUAAAACUACAAUAUUUUUUUCACGGAUAGUUGUGAUUUCAUCUCUCCUUAUCGUCGUAUAUUUCUCAUCAAAAGACGAAAAAGUAAUAACUUUUGCUAGUCAAACUGAAACAUUAAUUGGAAAAGGUCUAGUGGUUGAAUGCUCACAGGAUUACAUAAAUGAGAUUAACAAAUAUGAUGAGUGUUAUCCAAAAGAGUGUAAAAGAUUUGUAACAGAUCAAGUGGUUUCUGCAAGAGAAGUAGAUAAUUUGCUUAAAAUAGCUAAGAAGGGCUUUCAAUUUGGAGGCUCUGAUGGUGGAGCUUCUAUACUAGACUUACAUAGUGGAGCUUUAUCUAAAGGUCAACAUUUUAUCAAUAUUUAUAAAAUUGAAGCAACAAAAUAUUUAUUUUCUGAGAAUGACUACAACAUAUUAAGGGUUAUCAAAGAAAAAAUUAAGUAUGCUGUCGCACAACAUUUUGGUGCUGAUCCAAAUAAGUUAUAUUUAACUUCUCCAACAUUUUUUUCUGAAUUGACAUCAAGAAAACCUUCCAAUAUCCAUGAUGAGUAUUGGCAUCCACAUGUUGAUAAGGAAACUUACAGGUCUUUCCAUUACACAUCGUUAUUAUACCUUGGUGACUAUGGAGUGGACUUCAAAGGUGGUAGAUUUGUGUUUAUAGAUGAAAAGUUUAAUAGAACUAUAGAGCCAAAAAAAGGUAGAGUUAGUAUGUUUACUAGCGGUAGAGAAAACUUUCAUUAUGUUGAAAAAGUUACUUCAGGUGUAAGAUAUGCUUUAACUGUAGCUUUUACAUGUGAUAAACAAUUUGAGAUAAAUUAA